CUCCGCCCACAUCCCGCGUGUUCCACUGCCGCCUGUCAGAAAUAAACCAAUAGCCGCGCGUAUCUGAGGCUCCGUCCACUCGCCUCUCGUUAGUGCGUCUCACAGCAAACAUGGCGGCCUCCUGGGGAAGGUUACUGACAGCAUUGGCUUGCCGUGCAGGUUCUGCCGCUGGCCGGGUUCCACGCGCCGUCACGUCUCCGGUCCUCAGGAACGUCUUAUCGCCGGCAAACUGCGCUGCCCAGAAGCUGCAACUGAGCACCAGCUGUCUGCGGCUGCUUCCUGCGGUCACCCAGCACGCCCCAAACUUUAAAGGCACGGCAGUUGUCAACGGAGAGUUUAAAGAGCUGAGCCUGGAUGACUUCAGGGGCAAAUACCUGGUCCUCUUCUUCUAUCCUUUAGACUUCACUUUCGUUUGCCCCACGGAGAUCGUGGCUUUCAGCGACAAGGCCAACGAGUUCCAUGACGUGAACUGCGAGGUCGUGGCGGUGUCUGUGGAUUCUCACUUCUGCCACCUGGCCUGGACGAACACCUCCCGAAAGAACGGGGGAUUGGGCCACAUGAAUAUCCCUCUUCUGUCGGAUUUAACCAAACAGAUUUCUCGUGACUACGGUGUUCUGCUGGAGACCCCGGGCAUCGCUCUGAGGGGCCUUUUCAUCAUCGACCCCAAUGGAAUAGUAAAGCACAUGAGUGUAAACGACCUUCCGGUUGGGAGGAGUGUGGAGGAAACGCUGCGCCUGGUUAAGGCUUUCCAGUAUGUGGAAACUCAUGGGGAGGUCUGCCCAGCCAACUGGACCCCCGACUCCCCCACGAUUAAGCCGAGUCCCGAGGGCUCCAAGGACUAUUUUGAGAAAGUGAAUUAACGGCUGCGGCGUCCGUCCAUUCAUUCGCAUUCACAUUUCAGCAGAGUAUAUUUCUCGGGUCUGUCCUCGGAUCCGCACCGCGCUGUCUGCUUAAACAUACAAAAUGCAAUUAAAAUGAAGCCGUCCCGUGUCCGAACGUAAAGUCUGACCUGCGGGGGGCGCUGUCGCUCUGUAGGCUGAUGGCAUCAGAUUCUCCUUCCUCAAUAAAAUCUGUAGUAGCCCUUAAA